GAUUGACGUGACAUGUGGGCCAAUUACGAGCAAGCUCGGGCGCGCCUCGGGCCAAUGAACGAUGCUGCCUGGCGCGGGGGGCGGGCACUGGGGCCAAGGGUAGCUUGAGCGCGGCGGCGGCGUUGUUCAGUCAGAGCGAGAACAUUCCAGAGGUCGCCAGGCCCCGGGCGCUGAAGGGUGUGGACCCCGGACGUCGCUGGGACAGCCCCUCCCCGCUGCUCGGCGGCGCCUGGCCCGGCCGCUGCUCGCUGCGCUGCUCCGCCGCCUCCGCCGCCUCCGCCGCCCCUCCUCGGACUCGGGUUCACGCGCGCCUCACUUCAUCCCAGUCCCGGGCGAGCAGCGUUGGGUUUAUGUCUUUAUUUGACGAAAACGAGCUGUUGCGCAGCCAUUGGUACCUGUAUUGGGGAAACAUAGCAUACAAGCAAGAAGCUUACAGCCUCAGUGGCGAAAAUUUUUUCAUGUCAGAGACCGAGAACUCUUGCAGUCGUUUAUGUCAUCCCUUCUUCUCCAGACAGAAGAUACCAAAAAGUUGCAAUCAAAGAUCUCUUCAUCUUAUUGAUAAAGCCACUAAUAAGCCAAAAUGUCUGUCAAUGUCAACCGCAGUGUGUCAGACCAGUUCUAUCGCUACAAGAUGCCCCGUCUGAUUGCCAAGGUUGAGGGCAAAGGAAAUGGUAUCAAGACAGUUAUAGUCAACAUGGUUGACGUUGCAAAGGCGCUUAAUCGGCCUCCAACGUAUCCCACCAAAUAUUUUGGUUGUGAGCUGGGAGCACAGACCCAGUUUGAUGUUAAGAAUGACCGUUACAUUGUCAAUGGAUCUCAUGAGGCGAAUAAGCUGCAAGACAUGUUGGAUGGAUUCAUUAAAAAAUUUGUUCUCUGUCCUGAGUGUGAGAAUCCUGAAACAGAGCUGCAUGUCAAUCCAAAGAAGCAAACAAUAGGUAAUUCUUGUAAAGCCUGUGGCUAUCGAGGCAUGCUUGACACACAUCAUAAACUCUGCACGUUCAUUCUCAAAAACCCACCUGAGAAUAGUGAUAGUGGUACAGGGAAGAAAGAAAAGGAAAAGAAAAACCGGAAGGGCAAAGACAAGGAAAAUGGUUCUGUGUCCAGCAGUGAGACGCCCCCGCCCCCACCACCAAAUGAGAUCAGUCCUCCUCCACAUGCUGCGGAAGAAGAGGAGGAUGAUGAUUGGGGGGAGGAUACAACUGAGGAAGCGCAGAGACGCAGAAUGGAUGAAAUCAGUGAUCACGCGAAAGUUCUGACACUCAGUGAUGAUUUGGAAAGGACUGUUGAAGAGCGGGUCAAUAUUCUGUUUGAUUUUGUUAAGAAAAAGAAAGAAGAAGGUAUUAUUGACUCAUCAGACAAAGAAAUUGUUGCUGAAGCAGAAAGACUGGAUGUAAAAGCCAUGGGUCCUCUUGUUUUGACUGAAGUUCUUUUUAAUGAGAAGAUUAGAGAACAAAUUAAGAAAUACAGGCGCCAUUUCCUACGAUUUUGUCACAACAACAAAAAAGCUCAACGGUACCUUCUUCAUGGUUUGGAGUGUGUGGUAGCAAUGCAUCAAGCUCAGCUCAUUUCCAAGAUUCCCCAUAUCUUGAAGGAGAUGUAUGAUGCAGAUCUGUUGGAAGAAGAAGUCAUCAUCAGCUGGUCAGAAAAGGCCUCUAAGAAAUAUGUCUCAAAAGAUCUUGCCAAAGAGAUUCGUGUCAAAGCAGAACCAUUUAUAAAGUGGUUGAAGGAAGCAGAAGAGGAGUCUUCUGGUGGUGAAGAAGAUGAUGAAGAUGAGAAUAUCGAGGUGGUGUAUUCGAAGACUGCCAGUGUACCUAAAGUUGAAGCUGUGAAGUCUGACAACAAGGAUGAUGACAUUGAUAUUGAUGCCAUUUAAAGGGGUGGGUGCUGCCCAGCUUAACAGUGUAAUGCUGCGAAUCUUUCUGCAUCAUCAGCCAGAAGUGCAACAUGUAUGUGCAAAAGCUAAAAUGGCUUAACAUCAUGCUACACUUUCUACUAAAAAUGUAUUGCUGUGAGUGGUCUGUAAUUAAGCCCAACAAGACAUCUAGGGAGUCCAUACACAUAUCAGUGAGCAGAUAUAGUUUGCUUAUUUAUAGCAUGUUUCUUUUUGAAAAAUUAGUGGUGGACACAUUUGGAUCACAUUUAUACAGUUAAAUAAAGAUUUGAUUUUGGUCAUUCUUCAGAUUUUGGCUCUGAAUGACUUAAGCUGAAAUGGCUCCUUUUUACAAUACCGCGCCAUCAUUAACCUGAUAGGAUUCUUGGAGCCUGUUAGAUUUUGUUAGAUGCUGAGACUGUAAAGAUGUCCUCAGCAGAAUGUAAACAUAAGCUUACUUGUAAUUAUCUUAAUCAGCCAUUGAGAAAUAUAGUACUUUCGAGUGUUCAGUCCCUCAAAUUGGCAUCUGGUAAUGUACAUUCUUGCCAUGCCGAGGUGGACUGAUAAUCAAAUGGCAGUGCAACAUCUUUAUCUUAUUGAGAAGUAAAAAUGACUUGAGUGUCCUAUAAAUAAUUUUAAGAGCAGGUUUUGAAACUUGAAUUGUGUUUUUUUCAGUUUGUGUAUACUUACCCCAAAUUGUAGUCUUUGGAGUCAUGUGCAUUGCACGUUGGAUGAGCCAGGGGAAUUAUUACAUUAACAAAUAAGCAUUUUAUGUGUAUGUAGCUGUUGCUUUGUACUGACUGAGAAAAUUCUGAAACUAGGGUGUGAUUAUAUAGUAAGGUAUGAUUUUAUUUGGGGGAAGCAGGAAAAGGUGCACUUAAUCUCUAGCAAAAACUGAGCAUCAUUUUUCAACUUUUAUUCUUGUGAUUUAAUUACAGUUUCAAAAUGUUAAA